AGUACCUAUUUCAAACAUCGAUAUUCAUAUAAAAGGAAAUCGGUCACUCGUAUCAUUGCACUGCAGUUUCAAAAUUCUUCAAGUUACAAUGACACGUCUCGUGUUAGUCGUCUUCAUAAUCGGUGUCGUUUUCGGCGGCGUCUUUGCCAGCAACCAAACGAACGAGAUUGACGAGCAAAUCGUCGGUGGCACCGAUGCUCGUCUUGGUCAGUAUCCUUAUCAAGUAUCGCUUAGACAAAAUGGAAGACACUUCUGCGGUGGCACUCUGGUUACCAAUCGACACGUAGUCACUGCUGCUCACUGCAUCCAUGGUAUUGUAUCUCCUCCAUUCAAGGAUUUCACUGUCGUAACUGGUACAGUUACCCUCUCAAGUGGUGGUCAAGUCCACGCUGUUAAGUCGGCCGUCUACAACCCCGAUUUCAAGCCUAGCUCCUCCGAGUCUUACAGAAAUGACGUUGCUGUAGUCACUCUCGCUAGCCCAGUUAGCGUAAACGCUAACCAGAAGCCAAUUCCUCUCAUUUCUUCUGAUCCACCAGUUGGUGCAACAUUGAGAAUGACCGGUUGGGGAAAAACCAAUGCUAACGCAGACAACGUUCCUAAUACCCUACAAACGACAACCGUAAAUCUUCUGAACAAUGCAGAUUGUCAGAACCGCAUGGGAAUCCGCAUCUACCCUGGACAGUUGUGUACCUAUAACAAAAAGGGUGUUGGUAUCUGUAUGGGUGAUAGUGGCGGUCCCCUUGUCUACAAUGGUCAACUUGUAGGUAUCGCUUCCUUUGUCAUUCCAUGUGCUAAAGGCUACCCUGAUGCUUACACUCGUGUCUCUCAAUACAAAAGCUUCAUCAACAGAAAUCUAUUUUAAUUUAGAAUCCGAGACUUAAAUAAUAAUUAUUGUACAAUUCAUAUUUUCUCUUCGUAAAUAAACAGAAUUACAUUCACUGUA